UGCUUGUUAAUUCGUGGCUGUACGUACUUGAUAUCCGCUUAACAACCCGAGAAAAAUACAUAUAGAAAAGAGUAAAAAGAGAGAGAGUUGGGUCGUGUGUUUCCUUAACUUUUUACUAUUCUCCCUCUCCCUCCCGAUGCUUUAUUACCGCGUUCCUGCAGCCCUCGCGUGUUCGGGCUUCGUCGCUCGACCAACGUCACCUGCUCUCGCUCUCUUCUCCUCUUCCCUCUCUCUCUCUUUUCCCUCUCCUCCGACCAUCCUUUCCCCUGCGAGAACCUGUGCUUCUCUUUUAACCCUUUACCUUACCCGCCCUUCCUUGAAUUCGUUCGGCCACAGUUACUGUUCUCUCUCCCAACCAUUUUCCUCGAAUCAGCUGUUCUGGAUUCUUUCCAGCUGCUUCUUCCCUUUCCUACUAACUACGACUCUAUCUCUCUCUUUCUCUCCCCCUCUCUCUCCCAUCCCCCCCCCCCCUCUACCCUCCUCCACCCCCCUCCCGUUUCGUUCUCUGCCCUCGCCCGCCCGCAGUUCGCUCGAAAUCCUAUCCUCUCCGGGCGUUAACUGCUUCCUGGUUCCUCUGUGUACUGUACUUCUUGGCGCCCUGUCUAAAGUCAUUGGUCCUUGGUCGCCGGAGCCUUCCCUUCUGCGAUUCGCCCGCCCGCUUCUCAACCUUUCAUCUCACGCGCACGUCCACUCAACAUCCACCGUUCGGAUAUCCCGCCCAUCCAGCGCACCCCUCUUCAACUUGUGCUCCACCGACGCCAACCUGCCUCGAACGGAUUUUCUACAGCUCGCUCCAGUAUCUCUGCGCACCCAUUCGCUGUUGACCCUCAAGGACUUCUUUUCUCGAUAGCGUCACUCUAGCAACCACUCAUUGUCGUCUUCACAAGUCAUCCGUGAUGUCACAGAAUCGGCCUGGGGUGUUUUCGAGUUUGCGCAUUGGUGGUAAGACAUGAAUCCCUUUCUGUCUCCCUCUGAGAAAACCUCAAUGUCGGUUUUUUUAUCGCUGAACCUGGUGACUGACUCUAUUUUCCCAUCGCUCAUCAUUGCAUAGAGGUCGUCCGCGAGAAAGUCCAAGAUGGACUCACUGGGGAAACCAAGGAAAUAUCCUA